AUGCGUCUCCCAUCAGUAGCGCUUCUGGCGCCUACACUACUUGCGGCAUCAGCAAGUGCUCGGUUCCUCAUAUAUGCAGACGAAUGGCAUCCCACUCGUCCUACCAAUCCCGAAGAUCGAGCCGGCAUCGAUCAUGUCGUUCUUGCUUUCGCCAUGGCGAAUGCCACAGCUGCCUUCCAGCCAAAGGUUCCCAUUUCCACCAUUCGCUCCGAGUUUCCCAAUGCCAAAGUGAGCAUCGCGGUUGGAGGAUGGGGCGACGACAGGGGCUUCUAUGACCUCUCGCAGACGGAUGCCUCGAUUCAAAAGUUUGCUACAGAUAUCGCCACGAUGCUUACCAACACUGGUGCCGAUGGCGUGGACAUCGACUGGGAAUACCCAGGAGGUAAUGGUGCCGACUAUAAACAGGUUCUCAACUCGCAGAAGGUCUAUCAGAUCGACGCAUUCCCAAAGGUGCUGGCCGCGAUUCGUACUGCUAUUGGCAGCAAACUUCUCUCGAUUGCAGUUCCCGGCAAGAAAGGCGAUAUGAUGGCCUUUACGAAAGAGAACGGGCCCAAGAUCUGGCCUUCUGUUGACUACAUCAACGUCAUGUCUUAUGAUCUGAUGAACCGUCGUGAUAAUGUCACCAAGCAUCACACCUCUGUCGCUGGAUCGGAAAACACAAUCAGAAACUAUCUCCGCAUUGGCGCUCCGCCGGCUAAGAUCAAUCUUGGUUUUGCGUACUACGCCAAAUACUUCACCACCCAAGGAGACUGCGGCUCCAGCCCUCUCAAUUGCCCUAUUGUCCUUGCUGAGGAUCCAAUCACCGGUAAAGACACCCUCAAAUCGGGCUCCUGGACGUUCGAAAAGUCCCACAUGCAGCCCGUUGACAGCUCUGCCCUCGCCGUAUCAAAUGAUGGCACAUGUGGCCCUGACAAGGGAACCAAAUGCGCAUCAGGCUGCUGCUCCCAGUACGGAAACUGUGGCACAACAAACGAACACUGUUCUGGAGCGUGCCAACAUGCCUUUGGCACUGGAUGUACCGAUGCCGAUGUUGCUGGUUCCUGGCAACUUGCUGCGAAGAACGGCGUCACGGAUGAAAAAGCAGGUGGCCAGUAUUACUUCGACCCGCAGAACAGCUUGUUCUGGACAUGGGACACUCCGGAGCUGAUUACGAAGAAGUUUGAACAGAUUGUGAGGAAGUAUCAGCUUGGAGGUGUCAUGGCUUGGAGUCUCGGCGAGGACAGCAAUGAUUGGAGCCAUAUCAAGCGGAUGGCAGCCGAGUUGGCGAAUGGUGGAUCGGGUCAACCGUCCACCGCUGCCAUCCCAGCUGUCAAGCCUGCUCCAGCUGUUAAGCCUGUUGUUAAGCCUGUUGUCAGACCUGCUCCAGCUAUCAAGCCUGCUCCAGCGGUUAGGCCUGCUCCGGCGGUUAGGCCUGCCCCAGCUGUUAAGCCUGCACCCGCAGUGGCGCCGUCAGGAGCUUCUACACCAGAAGAAAGUCCACUGGCCGCCGAAUCUGCGCCUGCCGAAGCGACUCCAGCCGAUCAAGAACCUUCACUAGCCGUUGCGUCUGCAGAGCCCGAAGAGACGCCAUCGGAGGCUGAAGCUUCUACACCAGAAGAAACCCCCCUAGCCGUCGCAUCUGCGGAGCCUGCGCUCCAAGCCGAAGAAGCCCCAACACCAGCAGAGCCUACCCCGGACCUAUCAGUCUCCCCUUCAGAAGAAGCUGCCGGAAACCCAUCUCUUGAGUCGGAUCCCAACCUCCCCUACGAUGUCGUCUGGGUUGAUGGCACCGAUUCUGGUCCUGAAGGUGACGUUUCUGCGCAAUCAAGUCCCCCUCAGGAGCCUGUCGACCCCAGCGUAGACACCACCGAGCCUGUUGAUGCCUCUGAACCUAGCGUCGAGUCUGUUCAGCCUGCAGAAGCCCCUGUCGCACCUGUGGAGGCGGCAGUUGCCCCUGUGGAGGAGCCUGCAGCACCCGCAGAGGAGCCAGUUGCACCCGUGGAGGAACCAGUCGCACCCGUGGAGGAACCAGUCGCACCCGUGGAGGAACCAGUCGCACCCGUGGAGGAACCAGUUGCACCAGUGGAGGAGCCAGCUGCACCUAUGGAAGAAGCUCAACCCGUAGAAGAAUCCUUCCAGUCUACAGAGGAAGCUCAGCCUGCAGAAGAUCCCUUCCAGUUUGACGACUCGGAUUCGACAUGGGCUCAACCAAUGGAUGAACCUGACAUGGGAGCACUCUCCAACAGAGUAAAGAGCGCCCAGGCUCACCCUGUAGCUGGCCAGGUCCAUGGUGCUUCCUGUCGCCUGAGGAGGCGUCAUAAGCGGGCGGUGAAGGUUUAA